AUGGGGAAGAAAAAGAAGAAGAGGACGCCGGAGGAGCUGUACUGGUGCUACUACUGUGAUCGGGUGUUCAAAGACGAGGGGACGCUCAUUCUGCACCAGAAGGCCAAGCACUUCCGAUGCCCAGCGUGCACGAAGAAGCUGAACACGGCGCAGGGCCUGCAGGUGCACUGCGACCAGGUGCACAAGAUAAACGUGGAGAGGGUGCCGGCAGCGAAGCCCGACAGAGACUCCAUGGACAGGGAGAUAUUUGGGAUGGCGGGAGUCCCGGAGGGCAUGAAGCCUGGAGGCGUUUUCGGGUUUGUGGGGGUCCCCUGGAAAAGCUGCGGCACCCUGUGGCGGUGCUGA